AUGGCUGGGGUAUGGAAAGAAGAUGGGUCCUACGAGUAUGCUCCUGGCGAGCGUGCCAGGUUGAAAGGCAAAGAGAAAGGCAAAGACAAAGGAAAGGGGAAAGGAGAAAAGGGGAAAGGAGACAAGGGGAAGGGAGAGAAGGGCAAAAGCAAAGGCAAGGAGAAGGGGAAGGAUGGCAUGACUGCCGCAGAGCGCCUGGCCUUUGCGCAGGGAGCGCUGUCGGCAGAAGGUCCCGCGGCCAAGAAAGCUCGCACUGGCGAGCCCGGGGACGACGAAGAGGAGGAAGAGCUUCCUGAAUUUGAUUUCGAAAAGGACUGGAAAGACAAGCCAGUCGCACUCCUGAACCUGAAGGGAGCAAAGGAUCUCAAUGGGCUCAUGGGUGUCGUCAAAGAGUACAAUGAAGAAACCAAAAGGUUCCUAAUCAGCGUGGAGGGUGGCAAAGGGGAGAAAAGCAUCAAGAUGGAGAACAUCUUCAAGGUUAUGACCGGCUGCAUUGUUAAGCUCCGCGGCCUGGAUUCCAUUGAGCUGAAUGACUGCAUCGGCGAGUGCGGGCGGCUUGAUGUGGAGAAUUUAAGAUACGACAUCACGCUCUCUGAUGGACGGCAUGUGAAGGCAAAGCCUGCGAAUGUUGAGCUGGUGGCCAAGUACGAGUCCUCCAAGGUUGCUGGCGAUGCUUCCCAGAUGGAUCGCAUUCGGGCGGCCAACGGCCUCCGGGAUCGGCUAACAGCUGUGGAGGAAUUUGAUUUUCCAGCGCCUAUGGUGCUUCCUGCCACCGUGCUGGAGGAAUACGCACAAAAAUUUCCAAAGUCAGUGGUGAUUGGCCGCUCCAACGCAGCAAAUCCCAAAGGAGCUCAAAUCUUGGCGCGUGAGGUGGUGAGUGCCACGAAAAUCCCGCCUGGAUCACGGCUGGUGUUCAUCUCUGUCCCUCGAGACAGGUGUAUAGCGCCCACGCUGGCUGAUAUGCGUCAUGACGAGCUGCUGCGAUUAGGGAAGUUCGGAAGCUGGCUUACAAAGCGCUUGGCUCCCCGACCAGUUUAUUUUCUGAUCCCCGGUGCCAUUGCCAAGGGGCCACCAGCCGCUCUGAAUGCGGCUACCUGCGCCUGGCCUUUGUAUGUGGAGCUGAGUACGGAUAUGGUACUUCUGGCCUCAGAGCGAUGGCAGAAGUCUCCCUGGGCCCGCAUGGACGCGCUGAUGGCCGUGUGGGCCAAGACGCCAAUGUACUUAUUGCCGGAGAAGUACCAGCCGGCUGUAGCAUUGCCAGAUGCAUCACCUGCUGCUGCAGCUCCGGCAGCAGAGGAGGAUGCAAAAGUAACUGCAUCCGCAGAGCCACUGAGCUUCAGCCCCGAGGAGCCCUUCACGAUUAGCAGGCCCAUCGAGGGCCUCCAGAACCCAUCCGCGCUUUUGGUCGGUCUGUGCGACAGGGCGGCCGAGGCGGAAGGCGCAGGCGGCGCCAAGGUUCAGAAGCCCACGCUGGCUGUCAAGCGUCUGGGAUGA